GCACCUCACAAACAAAAUACCUAAAUUCAGAAAUUCAUCUUUUGAGUCUUCCUUGUUUCCAUCAGGGAUUUCAUCUCUCCUACAGCUCUGCAAAAUCAUCCAACCAGAAGAAGAAGAAGAAGAAGAGAGAAGAAGAACGGGAGUCUGAUUACAGGUUCUUCGAUUUAUGAACCAUUUUUAGAAAAUUCGAUCCAAAUCCUUCUUGGAAGGAUCAAAAUUCUCUUGGAUGAAUGAUAGAAAUGUUUGUUUGAUCUAAGAAACUACUUUCAUCUGGAUUUGCAAGAUAGUGUGAAAUAAUAGGGUUGAGGAUAGACAGAUAGUAUAUUUUGGAUUGGAUUGGAUUGGAUUCGAUUACCGUCCUGGUCAUGGCAAAUGAAGUUCCUGGAACUUCAAGCCAAAAAUACAUGAAUAAUCUUGCUGCUGCUGCUCAGAAUGUCGCUCAAGUUGAAGAUUUCUUCUCUGAUAAAGGUGUUCAUAACAUAUCUUUACAAACUGGAGAAGAAUUCUCAACAGAGUUUCUCCGUGAUCGUGUUCUCCCAAGACGAGCACCUGUUAUGGCUAAUCCUAACGAACUUAAUCAUCAUCAACAACACAUGAGAGCCGGUGGUUUUAAUCAGGCGUUGUCUUACGAAGAUCUUACCGUGAUUCAAGGGAUAAGAAGAAGAGAUUCGGAAAACAGCAGCAGCAAUCGUAAUGGACUUGGUGUAGAAUUAGAGCCAGGUUCAUCUGCACAUUCUGAAAUUACAAACAGAUAUUACAGGGAUUAUGGAAGAACUGAACAAACUACUCCAGCUACUCAGUCAGGAUCACCAAGAGAUCAUGAUCAUGGAUCUUUAACUUCAGAUGUUUCGUCUUUCUCGGGGAAGGUCAAGCUGUUGUGCAGCUUCGGGGGAAGAAUAUUAGCACGACCUGGCGACGGGAAACUCAAGUAUGUAGGAGGUGAAACGAAGAUCAUUUCUAUAAGAGAAAACUCGAGUUUUAACGAUCUAGUGAAGAAAACAUCUGCAAUAUGCAAUCAAAUGCACAUGAUCAAGUAUGAACUUCCUGGUGAGGAUCUUGACGCACUUAUAUCCGUUUCAUCAAAUGAAGAUCUUCAUCAUAUGAUGGAGGAAUGUCAUGAUUUGGCAAGAGCAUCACAACGGUUGAGGAUAUUCCUCAUUACACCAGGCGAAUGCGAGAGUCCUGAUUCUAUUGACGGAAGAACAUCUUCACAACAGAACAACGAUAGCGAUUGUCAGUAUGUUUAUGCUGUCAAUAGCAUUGAGACGGCUCCACAGAGGACUUUGAGUGGACAGAGUUCUCUUCAAAGAGAAAAUCCUAGUAUGCUAUAUCCAUCUGAGAUUAGAGAAGGAUCAAACUCGCCAAGACUAAAUUUCAAGCGAUCAAAUCAAGCCGCCUCUCAAUUAAUGUCUGCACUCCAAAUCCCAUCUAAAGGUUAUAAUCAAUCUCCUCCUCUUUCUCCAGCCACACAUAGAAAUAAUAGAGAAGCAAAACCUUCCAACCUUGUGUUUGAUGAUCGUGGGAGAAAACCCAACUAUUAUAUAGACCAAACAAUGUAUGGUGAAUCUAACCCAACUAGUCAUCUCUUUCACAAACAAUUAGAUUCUGAACCACGAUUUCAUAACCAUAACCAUAAUCCUAGCCAGGACUUUCUAUCAUCUGGUCUAUAUAGUCAAAGUGAUAUUGAUCUAAGUAGGCACAUCCUUAACGAAACACAAUUACCUUCAGAUGAUUCAAUGGGUCAGUUCCACAGAUUCGGCAUUCAAGUGGGUCUCUCCGGAAACAAACUACCUCAUGCCAUCUCCGACCCACAGCUGCAACACGAUGAAAGAGCCGGUCCUCAGCUCGGUGAUGCCAAGAUUCCUAGACAUCUGUCGAAUUUCGAGGCUGAAGCAUCGGUUCCUUAUAUUUCAAAUAUGUCAAGACCAUCUGGCCACAAUAAGGAACAUAUAGAUUGGAGUCAGGGUAUGUCGAAUUGGACAGACAAUCCUCACUUGCAUCAAGAUUGGAAGCAACAACAAUAUGAUGCAGAUGAAAGUGCUAUACAAAAUGCUCACCAAAAUAAAUACUUUUACCAAUUGGAGACAUCUAACCUUCUUGGUGAUGGCCAAAGAGUUACCAAAGAAGACACUGAUGGGAUAAACAAAGGGGUAGUGAAAGGACAGAAGGUUUCCAGUGGAUCUCCUAGAGAACAUACAGAAGAAGCAAACCGGACAAAUCUCACUGGAUUUGUACAUAAUGAACCCGAGUUUCUUAGUUUGAACUCACACCUAAAGAACCCUUUUACUGAUGACCGUUCUUCAGGCUUCCACCAAGAAUCUGUUACUUUGUCCAAUAAAAAUGCAUAUCUCCAUGAGGGAAACCCGUUUCAAAGUCCUACUAACCUUGAUGGUGGAAAAUUGGAAUAUAGAGGAGACUAUCUUGACGUGCCAAAGUCUAUAGGUGAGAAUAACCCUCCCAAGCUUAUAGUUGAGGAUGUAACAAGCCAACUACCUACAGGAAUCCCGUCUUCAUCCACAGUUGUUCCGAUUGUACAAGAACAGUCUGUAGAUGAAGACAAAUUUGCUAGAAGAACUAAUGCCGAAAGCUUCCUGGGAUCUGACCCUCAGUUUGUUAAAGGUGGGAAUGGUGAACAAGAUGAAUCUAUCAGUGAUGCUGCCUUAGCUGAAAGGGAAGCAGGAGCCUAUGGUUUGCAGAUCAUAAAGUAUGCUGAUAUUGAGGAGCUGCAAGAGUUGGGUUCUGGUACAUUUGGGACAGUUUACCAUGGUAAGUGGAGGGGCACUGAUGUUGCCAUCAAGAGAAUCAAGAAAAGUUGUUUCGCUGGGAGCUCAACUGAGCAAGAACGGCUGGCCAAAGAUUUCUGGAGGGAAGCUCAUAUUCUUUCAAAGUUACAUCAUCCAAAUGUGGUAGCAUUCUAUGGUGUGGUUCCCGAUGGGCCCGGGGGUACACUCGCUACUGUAACUGAAUAUAUGUCGAAUGGAUCGUUGCGAAAUGUACUCAUAAGGAAGCAUAAAGUUUUGGAUAAACGUAAAAAGCUUCUGAUUGCCAUGGAUGCUGCUUUUGGCAUGGAAUACUUACAUAUGAAAAAUAUCAUUCACUUCGAUCUUAAAUGUGAAAAUCUACUAGUCAAUAUGGGAGAUCAUCAAAGACCAAUUUGCAAGGUUGGAGACUUUGGAUUAUCAAGGAUUAAAAGAAAUACACUCGUGUCUGGUGGUGUGCGUGGGACAUUGCCAUGGAUGGCUCCAGAGCUACUAGAUGGAAACAUUAACCGGGUCUCUGAGAAGGUUGAUGUAUAUUCAUUUGCCAUCACAAUGUGGGAGAUCAUGACUGGUGAAGAACCUUAUGCAAACAUGCAUUUUGGUGCCAUCAUAGGUGGGAUUGUGAGUAACUCUCUUCGACCUCCCAUGACUGAGGAGUGCGAUCGAGAAUGGAAAGAGCUGAUCGAAACUUGCUGGUCACCUAAUCCAGCUGCCAGACCUUCUUUCACAGAAGUAGCAAACAAGUUACGAUUAAUGUCAAUGGCACUCCAUCCGAAGAAAGGAAAGACGUGAGAUUUUAUGGGCACCCGAGAAUAUGUAAGUUUUGUAAAUAAUAGUAUGUAAGGUUGUGUCAAUGAAAAAUGCUACUUCUGGUGUAUGUAGUAAGUUUUAUUAUAGUUGAUGAUUCAUUUUUAACA